AUGAGAAGAGAUGUGUUCCUUCGGAUAGUAGACGCUCUCUCAAACGUCUAUCCGUAUUUCCACCAGAGGGUUGAUGCAACUGGAAGAAGAGGCUUGUCGCCACUUCAGAAAUGUACCGCUGCGAUACGGAUGUUAGCAUACGGCGUAGCAGCUGAUGCUGUUGAUGAUUAUGUGCGCAUAGGCGAGAGCACUACAAUUGAAUGCUUGGAAAAAUUUGUUGAAGGUGUCAUUUCUGUGUUCCAGGAUGAAUACUUACGAAAACCCAAUCCAAGUGACGUACACCGCCUGCUACAAAUGGCGGAAGGUCGUGGCUUCCCUGGCAUGUUGGGUAGCAUUGACUGCAUGCAUUGGCAAUGGAAAAAUUGUCCAAAGGCGUGGAAAGUUUCUGGUUCAAACAACGAUAUCAACGUGUUAGAUCGUUCUCCAGUGUUUGAUGACAUUCUAAAUGAUCGUGCUCCAGAGAUGGUAUUUAUCCUGAAUGGGCCACAUUUGUCAAAUCAAUCUCAAAGCUACAAGGGGAGAAACGCAAGUUAUUCAAUCUCAAAGCCACAAGGGGAGAAAUGCAAGUUAUUUGCACAAUACCAAGAAGGGCAAAGAAAAGAUGUGGAACGAGCAUUCGGAGUGUUGCAAGCACGCUUUGCAAUUAUACGUGGUCCAGGUCGUUUUUGGGAAAAGAAGAAGCUUGCCAACAUAAUGAGAGCUUGUAUUAUAUUGCAUAAUAUGAUUGUUGAGGAUGAAAGAGACACUUAUGUAGGAAAUUUUGCUCGAGGCUUAGAGUAUGAUGAUGUUGAAAAUGGAUUAUCACAACCUCAGCUGGGAGAAGAAGAUUUUGCACCAUACCAUCAAUUUCUCCAAAGAAAUGCCCAACUUCGAAAUAGGCAGCAACAUAGACAAUUGAAAGAGGACUUGAUUGAACACAUAUGGCAAUUUCACAAUGCUUGUCGUCAACUGUAG